GGUCACUCAACUACUGGACAACCCAUCUACAGCUUCGGUGCUAUCCCUGAAAAUUUCGGCGCAUAUCGUUCUAGAACAGAUUUGUAUUGAUCGUUUACCUGUGCUUGCCUCUCUCCGUCGCGCUCCCGCCGAAGACAGUUCAACAUGGCGGCGCCUGCACCCUCCUUCUACCCUAAUGUGAACUAUCAGCAAGAGAAAGAGAAAAUCACAAACUUCCUGGAGAACUUUGCCGUAGAAGUUUCUGAUCCUGCUCAGACUCCGAGCCGCCGAAAACACAGUCGUAGGACGCCUGCAGCAUUGCAAUUUCCGUACAAGGAGCAGUUGAAAACCAUCGCGGAUCGAACACAAAGCAAGCUGGAGAUCAGUUUGGAUGAUGUUGCUGCGUUUGAAGAAACCGAAGAGCUGGCUCAGAACAUUGAACAUAAUACGAAGCGUUAUGUUACUCUCUUUUAUGAAGUGAUUGAUACUAUGCUCCCGGAAAACAGGACUGCGCCAAAUGACGACAGUGACCCAUUGGAAGUGAUUUUGUUCCAACGGCGGCAGCAUGAUGCAGCUAGAGAAGGAACGAAUGCUCCUUUGUUUCCACCAAUGCUGACCCGAAGAUAUACAGUAUGCUUUAAGCCUCGGGACACAGCCAAGGCCCUUUCCGUUCGAGAAGUUAAGGGUUCCGCUGUUGGUCGAAUGGUCACUGUACGAGGAAUGGUUACACGCGUUAGCGAUGUCAAACCGCAAGCGGUCGUCAUCGCCCUCAGUUGCGAUAAAUGCGGAUCCGAAAUAUUCCAAGAGGUGACCUCUCAUAACUUCACACCAAUUACCGAAUGCCCUAGUGCAGAUUGCAAAAAAAAUGCUUCGAAAGGGAAGCUUUAUCUGCAGACACGGGCUUCAAAACUUAUCAAGUUCCAGGAAAUAAAAGUGCAAGAGCUGACCGAUCAAGUUCCAAUGGGACACAUUCCCCGCUCCAUGACCGUCCACCUUUAUGAUGACAUGACCCGCAGUGUCAACCCCGGAGACACAGUGUACAUCUCUGGCAUCUUCCUUCCAAUCCCCUAUACCGGAUUUAAAGCUUUACGCGCGGGUCUCAUCACCGAUACGUAUCUGGAGGCCCACCACGUGCGACAAUUGAAAAAACAAUAUUCUCAAAUGGAGGUGACGCCAGAAAUCAACGCCAAAAUUGAGGAGCUCGCCGAGGAUCAAAAUGUUUACACGAGGCUCGCAAGAAGCAUUGCGCCGGAAAUUUGGGGCCACGACGAUGUCAAGAAGGCAUUACUUUUAUUGCUCGUGGGAGGUGCUACCAAGGAAACCAAGGACAGGAUGCGAAUCCGUGGCGACCUUAAUAUCUGUUUGAUGGGUGAUCCCGGGGUUGCAAAAUCUCAAUUGCUGAAGCAAAUUAGCAAGAUUGCUCCGAGAGGUGUAUACACGACCGGACGCGGUAGUUCCGGCGUUGGUUUGACUGCUAGCGUGAUGAAGGAUCCUGUCACGGAGGAAAUGAUUCUGGAGGGAGGCGCACUGGUUUUGGCGGACAAUGGUAUCGCAUGUAUCGAUGAAUUCGAUAAGAUGGAUGAGAAUGAUCGGACCGCCAUUCACGAGGUGAUGGAGCAGCAGACAAUCAGUAUCAGCAAGGCUGGUAUAACCACGACGCUCAACGCUCGAGCAUCAAUUCUUGCGGCCGCUAAUCCGCAAUAUGGCCGUUACAACCCCAAGAAGCGGGUGUCUGAUAAUAUCAAUCUUCCGGCCGCGUUACUCAGUCGUUUUGAUAUUCUCUUUCUGAUGCUGGAUACUCCGACUGUUGCCGAUGAUCUCAGACUCGCCCAGCAUGUUGCCUUCGUACACAUGCAUUUGCACCAUCCACGAUUGGACGGUGACUUUGAAGCGGUAGACACGAGUGUUAUUAGGCACUAUAUUGCAAAAGCCCGGAAGUUCGACCCGAUAGUGCCGAAGGAGGUUGGGGACUACAUAGUUAAUGCUUACGUGCAUCUCCGUUCUCGCGCAAAAGAAAUGGAAGAUUUCCAAUAUACCUCUGCAAGAACACUCCUGAGCGUGAUUCGGAUGGCAACGGCACUGGCUCGGCUUCGUUUUGCCGACGAGGUUGACCUCAGCGAUGUUGACGAGGCCCUGCGCCUUAUGGACGUCAGCAAAGCCAGCUUGUUGGAUCGCGAAGAGACACAAGCCCAGGAUCCCAUAUCUGUCAUUUUUGAACUCAUCAAAACAAUGUCGAAAGAUGCCGACGGUCAAAUGCAGAGCGAAAUUAGGAUCUCCAAAAUCCGGGACCGAGUCAUCGGGAAAGGUUAUACGGAAGAAGAUCUCAACAACUGCAUUGAGGCAUAUCACGAUCUUUGGAUGGUCGCUGCUAAUGGAACUAAGCUACGCUGGAUGGGAGUAAAUGAAGAGGAUGAGGAGAACUUUUGAUUGGGGCGACCCAAAUGCUGACGGACAACGUGUGAAUAUUUAUUGACCGUGUAUAUAUCUGAACGGAUGUUCAAUGCGAAUAUAGUCGCUUGCGUUCCCCUCUAGUCUUUCUUGCCCCGACGUGUAGAUCGGCAGGACUAUGGGGCGCUCUCAGUCUAGUGUUUCUAUAUUGGUGACGGUUCCGAUGGAUAAGUUUCAG